CCUGACUUAGUUGUGAGAUACACCCUGGCAUCAAACCGUCCCGGUGCAGGUCUGAAAGGUUGCACUUUGCACGCGUUACUGCCCGAUGAUACCAAUAGACUGGCAGAGUUAACCAUCUCAACGUUACAUUUUACAAUUCAUCUUAUUAUUGGAUAAUCGCCAUGAGUUGUUGGGGACAAGACAGCUACAGCCCACUCUUCAAUGAUGCCUUUGAGGUGAUACAUCACCAACAACCCCCGCCCUUCCAUCAAGAACCCCCUCUCCAGUAUAUCCGAAGUCCUCCACCGCACUCCAUGCACAGCCUCCAGCACCACCCGGACGCGGGGUCUACGCCGUACCAAAUCCUAGACAUCCAACCCCAGCGACUCCACGACAUGGUGGAUUUCAACAUGGAUGGCACCAAGGUGAUGUACGAGAGCGGGGUCCAGAUCCCAAACUAUUACCCAGAGAGUCACAUUCCGGAUUUCUUCAUCCCAAGGCAAGGGAAAGGCAGAAAGAGGCUUCGCCUGUACGAGUUCCUGAGCGAAUCCCUGCGUGACUCGGAGAUGUCCGACUGUAUCCAGUGGGUGGACAGGAAGAGCGGGGUCUUCCAGUUCAUCUCCAAGAACAAGGAGAAGGUGGCCGAGAUGUGGGGCCGGAGGAAGGGCAACCGCAAAACCAUGACCUACCAGAAGAUGGCCCGGGCCCUGAGGAACUACAGCCGCACCGGUGAGAUCGUCAAAGUCCGCAGGAAGCUCACCUACCGCUUCGAUGCCCAGUUGUUGCAGAGACUGGGAGCAGAGGCGGCCUCCCCCUACACCCUCACUGACCAGCCGCACUACACCUGUGAGCACUGGCACUACAACUGCACCUACAACGAGCUGUUGCAGGAGGGUGCUACGUGAUCUGUCCCCACCCUCGCCGGCUGCGUUUAUAAACACAGGAGUGUAUCCACAAAUUAACCCACCUCUGGACAAACAUGGUUCCUACUCUGUAAAUAAGUCUUGGCCCUUUUUUCAUCUGCGUCUCUGUAUCUGUAUGUCUAUGUGUGUGUUUCUAUUUCUAUGUUUAAUGUGUGUGGCUGUCUCUCUGUGAGUGUGUGUCUUUG